AUGCGCAUAGGUGAAAAGCUACAAGGAUUUUUUGAUUUCGAGGCACAAUGUCAGCUGCUCACCAUCCCACCUCUACCAAUUCCACCACCAGCGAUCUCAGCAUCAGCAACGGCUUCAGCUUCAGCUUCGAUAGUUGAAGAUAUUUACCCACCAGUUUACCCGCCCUUUAAUUACCCGUUCCCAAAUUAUCCCCAACCUAGCCCUAUCAAUUAUCAACCCUCUAAACCUUCUCCACGCUCACAGUAUCUUCUACCUCCUCCUCAGCCAGUAUUUGUUGACCAGCCAUCAGAAAUCUCAGUUUCAUCGGUAGCUUCAGCUUCGAUAGUUGAACAAAUAGCGCCGCCAGUUUACCCCCCAUUUAAUUACCCCAUCCCAAAUUACCUGCAAUCUUCCCCUGUCGUUACACAGUCCCCAAAACCACGUUUACCGUUUCCCCAAAAUCAGUCACCAGAAAUCUCAGUUUCAUCGGUCGCUACAGCUUCGGUAGUUGAAGAAAUAGUCCCACCAGUUUACCCUCCGUUUAAUUACCCUAUCCCUAAUUACCCUUAUAAUUCCCCACCCAUCAUUGCACAACCCCCAAAGCCACACUUACCAUUGCCCUAUCCUUCACCACCAAAAACUGUUCAGCCGCCACCAGAAAUCAUACUCUCAUCGGUUGCUACCUCUACAAUAAUUGAAGAAAUAGCCCCGCCACCGUUUAUUUAUCCCACCCCAAAUUAUCCCCCUCCUUCCCCACCUAUCAUUGUGCAACCCCCAAAACCGUUGCCCUACAUACCUAUACCAAAACCUUUACCAAUACCUCAUCCAGUGGUUGUUAACCCGCCUCAUCCAGUAGUUGUAACCCCGCCAGCCAUAGAAAUAUUGCCGCCAGUGCCGCAAAUUAUCCCGCCAGUGGUUGUGCCAGAAAUACCGCUGCCAGUAACGUGCCCGUAUCUUUCUGCAUUUGCAUCGCCGUUUCUGCCAAUUCUGCCACCAGCUUGCACGGAGUGUUGUCGUUGCCAGCAUUUGAGGAAGAUUCCUAUCGCCCCGCCAAUGAUUUAAUUCAUUUUGAUUAGUUUGUUUUAUUAAAUAAUAAUAAAUAAAUAAAUAAGUAAUAGCUUUAUUUCUAAGAGUAGUACAGACAAAAAAAUUUCAGCGGCCUCUGCACUAAGCUAACGCUUGUAUCGCAGCUGCCAAAUAACACAACUCUAAAAAGUAAAUUACAGAAGCAGUCAGACAGUUUUAUUUUUAUGC